GGAGAGGGAGGGAGGGCGAAAAGAAAAAAAAAAGGGCGGGCGGGCGAAAGCCAAAGGCUGUCCGUUGCCAGCACGUUGGAGUUGCGUCAAGUUUUAUCACGGAAGGAAAGAUCGCGAGCUUUUCUCGCUCGCUUUUCGGGUGAUUCAUAAUGAGUUAUGCAGAAAAACCUGAUGAAAUCACUAAAGAUGAAUGGAUGGAAAAACUCAACAAUUUACACAUCCAAAGAGCCGAUAUGAAUCGUCUAAUAAUGAACUAUCUAGUAACUGAAGGUUUUAAGGAAGCAGCAGAGAAAUUCAGAGUGGAAUCUGGGAUAGAGCCCAGUGUUGACUUAGACACCCUUGAUGAGCGUAUCAAAAUUCGCGAAGUGAUACUGAAUGGACAAAUCCAGGAGGCUAUUGCACUGAUCAAUAGUCUGCAUCCAGAGCUGCUAGAUACGAACCGCUAUCUUUACUUCCACCUUCAGCAACAACAUUUGAUUGAGCUGAUUCGCCAACGAGAGACUGAAGCAGCAUUAGAGUUUGCCCAGACUCAGCUUGCUGAGCAAGGGGAAGAAAGCCGAGAGUGUCUAACUGAGAUGGAACGUACACUGGCCCUUCUAGCUUUCGAUAAUCCAGAGGAUUCGCCAUUUGGGGAUCUACUAAAUAUGAUGCAGAGACAAAAGGUGUGGAGUGAAGUAAAUCAGGCUGUAUUGGAUUAUGAGAAUCGUGAAUCAACACCAAAACUAGCCAAACUGUUAAAACUUCUAUUAUGGGCCCAGAAUGAGUUGGAUCAAAAGAAAGUUAAAUAUCCUAAGAUGACAGAUCUCAGCAAGGGAACAAUUGAAGAGCCCAAGUAAAAGCUAUUUGAUGGGACUGAACAAGAGUAUGAAGUGUCUUGCUGUACAAUAUUUACUGGUUACAGUAUAUCAGACUGGACUGUAAUAAAUUCACUAAUAAAUGACAGAACAUGUGAAUGACUUUCUGGUUAAGAGUAAUCACAUUUAAGGCUGGGAUGAAGCCUGAAGCAUCACUAAUGUGUUACAUCAGGGAACCCUGCCAGAUGGCUGUGGAAGGGUCAAGGGAUUGCAACAUUCAACCCAGUCCUAAAUUAAUUUUGAUGGUAACAUAAUUUUCCCAACUUCACACAUUGCAUUGAAAAUACUGAAUAUUUGGUAUUUGCUUUUGGCUGCUGUACAAAGUUUCUAUUUGCAAUUUUAUUUGCUUCAUGUCUUACAGUUCUGAAUUGUAUGUUUACAUAUUUUCAAAGCAACUUUACUAAAAAAAACUUUGUUAAAUAAACUAAUGUUUAAUGGUCAUUCUCUACUAAUGUUGUCCAUCUUACAUCUGAGACUAACCUCACUUUUUACUGCUGGAAUCUUCUGGUUAAGUUAACUGUUAACUCCAGUUAAGUUAACUGGAGGCCUGUAGCUCAGUGGUUAGAGCACUCGCCUUGCAAGCGAGACACCUGGGUAAAAUUCCAGGCAGGGGAAUUGGGCAAGUUUCCUUACUCCACACGCCUAAUAAUAAUCCCUCCAAAAACAAAACAAUAAUAAAUUGGUCAUUCUCAAUCCACGACUGUUUGUGGGACACUGCUGUGUGCAAUUGGCUGUCGCCUUUCUCCCACAAAUAUACAGUCAAUUCAUUUUACAGUGUGUUCAAUUCACUUUCCAAUAUAUUCUGUAAAGCACUUCUAGAAGAUGUCUGUAAAGCACUUCUGUAAAGACGUCUGGAAGAUGUGAAAAGCGCUACAUCGAAUACAAGGAUUAUUAUAUACUCCAUUGACUUAAUAUUAUUUGGAGACAGUUAUUUGGAUGUAACAUGGAUACUUUAUUUAUAUAAAAAAAUGCAAUUAGUAGAAAAUAACCAUUUGCUUUAGAUUUUUGUCAGUCUCAUUAAACUUUUCCAUUUGUGCAGGAAAAAAAGGUUCACAUGCUUGUUAGUUAUCAUUAUCUAACUAAAAUCCACUAGCUUGUGUGUAGUUGUCUUGAAACUCAAGGUUUUGUAUAUUCUGUGGCAAUGGCUCACUCCGAUAUGAUUUGUGUGUAUAAAUAUAUAGUAUAUAUAAAAUGCAGUACUUUGCUGGGAAACCAAUAGUAUAAUAGAAAUUUCCCUAUACAAAAAGUGCUUCAGUCACCUUGACAUUUAUCUAAUUCAUUUAAACACUUAAUUCAUUUUGUGUGUGAAUAACAUUUAUGUCCACUUCGGUGAAAUGUUUUGUUUUUAAAAAAAUAGUACAAUUCUCAUAUAAAUCUACCAGUUUGUAAGAGCGUCUCCGUGCAUCGUUUGGAAAGGUACAAAUGAGAGAUCAACAAUGACAGUUCUAUAGCUCAGGCAUGUAGAUUUUGAAUGGUAACGUUCCAGAGAAAAUAGUUUUAAAUACUUAAUUCAUUUUUCAUAACUUUAUAUUGUUGAUCACUUAGUUAAGAAAAUCCAAACGUAAUUUGUCAUGUAAAUAUUCCCGUUUUUAAAAAAAAAACAAAUGUUACUGAGGCAAAGAUGGAAUGAAUGCUGGUCCAAGAAUAAGAACAUUUGUAAAGAAAUAAAUGUGAACUUGAUUUUUUUUUUGUCCUUCCACCUCCACCCCGCUCCUCUUUCUUUUCAAGGUGUAGUGUUACAGUUUCAUGGUUUAGGGCCCCAGUCCAAAUUCUUGAAGUAAGUAGCUGCUCAGGGAUAUGGUAAGAAAAUUCUGCAUCCUGCACGUUCUUCAGAAAUGGCUGCGAUUCUACAUUGAAAUUCCAAUUGUGUUAACUGUAGUUGUAGCCUUCUUAAGAGGAGUCCUGGCUCAAACAAGUUUUCAGCAACUCAACUGAUGGCUGAUUAAUGCAAAUCUACAAAUUAAAUAUGCUCUAUGAAAA